UGUCUAACUGUCAUUGGAUGGGAUUUUGAAUGAUUAAGCCUGACUGGGUACAUCCACUGUCAAUCAAAUGAAACCGGAAGAAAUAAAGGUUCCAUAUGAAAUCAAUGUGUACGGACAGCGGUGUGUCCUUACCGAGCCGUUACGCCAUGCCAACUUCCCCGGUAAAGACGCGGAUCCCGCUCACGAGCUUCGGUCAUCUGAUCACCGAGGUGAAGAGACAGUUGUUUGGUAUGGAGGCUCCAGCCACUGUUAACCUGACUGGAUGGAGGAGACAUUUCAACAGCUACACACUACAGGGGAGACGCAACUUUGUCCUGGCUACCUAUGGUGUCCUAGCGUUGUCGGCAGCAGCCUAUAUGAUACGCCAUCGGAGUAAAGAGGACCCAAGAGUAGCCAGCCCCACUGCCUGACUGAAAAGACUGACACCCUCAAUAUCAAUGUCCCAACGCUUUAUUGGCCUGAUAUUGACAUUGAUUUCCAAUACUACCGAAUCAGAGAUUCAUAACAGCAGCACUCCCCCUUUCUUCUGCUCCCUCCCUCCCUCUCUCUUCCCCUCUCUCUAUCCCACCCCUCUCUUCCUCUCUCUCUCUACUGUGUCUCUCUCUACUGUGUGUCUCU